AUGACGAAUUCAAAUGAUGAAGCUGAAACAAUUGAAAGUUCAUAUAAUGAAGAAUUUGAAAAGAUUGAGACUGAUAUUGAUGUGCCACCAAAUCAUGCAGUAUUUAUACAUCCACCCAAACCACGAGGAGGAUCUGAUGCUAAAUCAUCUCAACCAGCAUUCGAUUCAUCUUCUCAACCAACUUCCAAUUUAUUCGUACAACCAGCUCCUAAUGCAUUCGUACAACCAACUCCCAACUCAUUCAUGCAAUCAACUCCCAACUUAUUUUCUUAUCCAACAUCUAAUAUAUUCUCACAACCAUUAAUUGUACCAUUUCCUAUUUAUCCAAAUUCGCAAUCUUCUUUACAUCCAUUUUUUACAAAAAUUAUAAUACCAAACUCACAUUCAUCUUUUUUAAAACCUAUUCCAACUCUUGAAAACUUUUUAAAGAAUAUAGAUGAAGCUGAAAAUGCAAAUGGUAAAAUUUUAGAAUGCUUAACUAAGUUCCAAAAAGAGGCUAUUCGAGUUGAAAAAAUAUAUAAACUUACUGAAGAACAAUUUAAUCGAAUGG